AUGCCUCUUGAGGAUGCGGCGUUUGGUCGGCACUUCGUGCCUGAUGACGGACCUGCUGCUGAGGUCUUGGCUCGCAAAUGCGCCGCCACCUAUCAGCGCCUCACCAUGCAGCUGACGCUGGAAGCGCUCUUGUCUGGUGCGAGGCGCAUGACGCCCUUGCGGGCGCAAGCACUUCUCGAGCCAGAGGACAGCUCCUCCUCAGACUUUGUCGAGUCGCCCGAGGAGUCUUCGCCGGAGGUCUCCGACUCCGAUGGGGGACACCCUUCGAGUGGCCCCGACGAUCGGCGCGGAGCUGGCGAGGCGUCUCCGUCCCUCACUGUGACGUCGGGUGCCUCCGGAGAGCUCGACACCACUGGGGCUGCUUGUCUGCGCGGCUUCGCGCUUGGGCUGGCGCUGCGCCGCGUCUGGGUGCCAGCAGUGCUGGUUCUUUUCGGGCUUGUGUUUUGUGUUAAAUCCUAUGUCUCCCCUGCGGCGUUUGGUCGGCACUUCGUGCCUGAUGACGGACCUGCUGCUGAGGUCUUGGCUCGCAAACGCGCCGCCACCUAUCAGCGCCUCACCAUGCAGCUGACGCUGGAAGCGCUCUUGUCUGGUGCCAGGCGCAUGACGCCCUUGCGGGCGCAAGCACUUCUCGAGCCAGAGGACAGCUCCUCCUCAGACUUUGUCGAGUCGCCCGAGGAGUCUUCGCCGGAGGUCUCCGACUCCGAUGGGGGACACCCUUCGAGUGGCCCCGACGAUCGGCGCGGAGCUGGCGAGGCGUCUCCGUCCCUCACUGUGACGUCGGGUGCCUCCGGAGAGCUCGACACCACUGGGGUGCUUGCUGCUGGUCCGAGCUCGCCUGCUUCCUCCCCGGCAUCGGUCGGGUCACGCCGGUCCUUGGGCAUUGCUGCGGCGUCGCCGCCGUCACGGGCGGCUACCACUGACUCGGCUACCACUGACUCGGAGGCUAGCGAGGAGGACUACCUCGAGCGGUACCGUGUUCAUGUGUCCAGCCUCCCUCCGUCCGCUGCCCCAGGCGGACCCCCGGGCAACGCCGGCUCCUUGUCGGCGGCUGCCCUUUCUCCGUCCGCGGCCGCCCGCUUUGUGGCGGCAGCGGACGUCUCGACUGACAGUGGUCAGUCGGCUGCCUCCGGGUAUCGCGUCUAA